AUGGACGACUUCACAUCCCUCGAACUGCUGUCGCUCGUUUCCAGAGUCACCUCCGAAUUGCAAAACCACUUGGGAAUCAACGACAAGACUCUCGCCGAGUUUGUCAUCGACCAGCACGAAAAAUGCGGAGGCAACUUGGAAAAGUUCAAGGAGAUCCUGGCGGGCAUGGGUGCAGAGUUUCCCAACAGCUUGGUCGAGAGCAUCGACCGGUUGAUUAAGACGAUGCAUCCCAACUACAAAAAGAGUCAGAAACAAGCUGCGCAGGGGAAUGGCACAUCGGAUAUGGACGAGUUGGAUGCGAUCGGCCGCAAAGCAAAACUUUUCAAGGGUCUCGCAGUCCCAGAUCGCCAACCGUCCUGGACUGACUCCGAGGACGACAUUGCUGCGCAGAAAGCAAAUCGGGCGAAUCACUCUGCGGAGGACGACACUUUUGCCCUUCUCGAAGGCCUUGCGGGAAACUCAAAGAACGGUACAAAUGGCGCAGCGGGAAGAAACAGGAAGAGAAGUCGCAGUCCUGAUCGUGACGACUAUGCAAGAGACCGAGAACCAAGACGCAAAUACUGGUCGCGAAGUCCUAGCCCCCGCGAGGAGAAGAGGUCGCGGAAAUACCAGGAUCAAAGUUACGAAGACAGGCCGACGGGUUACAGAGACCGCUACGACGAGAGACGAAAUGGCCACCAGAAGAACAGGCGGCGCGACUAUGAUGAAGACGAUGAUUUUCAAAGGCCACCUCCUCGUGAGGUCGAUGAGUACCCUGUGCUCUACAAAGUCUACGAUGCAGUGAUCAAUGGAAUCAAAGACUUUGGCGCGUUUGCUAGUCUUCAAGGUGUCAAAGGCAAUGUCAGUGGACUGAUUCAUGUCUCAGCUAUCCAAGAAGGCGCUAGGGUCAACCACCCGUCGGAUCUUCUAUCUCGUGGACAGCACGUGAAGGUCAAAGUCGUCAAGAUGGAGAAUAACAAGUUCAGCUUGUCGAUGAAAGAGGUUGAUCAGGUUACUGGGCAAGAUCUCGUUCCAUCUAGAAGGAUAGCUUCUGGUGCCAAUAUGGAACGGCUCAACGGGCUGCCGUCUGAUGACCGUUACGGAGGUCUGAGCAGCACAGUUCCCGUUAUUGAAGAUGGCUUGUCUUCGAAGCCUGGAAAGACGCGAAAGAGAUUAACGUCCCCAGAACGAUGGGAGAUCAAGCAACUCAUCGCUUCAGGUGCUAUAUCCGCACAAGAUUAUCCCGAUAUUGACGAGGAAUAUAACGCCACCUUGAACGGAGAAGAACAGUUUGAGGAGGAGGAAGACAUCGACAUUGAGGUCCGAGAAGAGGAGCCACCGUUCCUUGCGGGUCAAACCAAGCUGUCCCUGGAAUUGUCACCUAUUCGAGUUGUGAAGGCUCCCGAAGGGUCUUUGAAUAGGGCCGCCCAAGCGGGCACAAACCUAGCAAAGGAGAGAAAAGACCUCAAACAACAGGAAGCAGCCGAGCGAGCCGCAGACGAGGCAUCUAAAGUUGAUCUCAACGCGCAAUGGCAGGAUCCGAUGAUCAACCCUGAACAGAGAAAAUUCGCGUCGGACCUGCGACAGGCCCAGCAACAAUCAUCUCGAGCUAUAGAGGCUGUGCCUGAGUGGAAACGAGCAACCCAAGGCAAGAACCAGUCCUACGGCCGCCGGACGGAUAUGACCAUUAAGCAGCAAAGGGAGUCCCUUCCCGUUUUCCACUUCCGCAAACAGCUUCUCGAGGCUGUUGCCGCGAACCAGUUACUUAUCGUGGUUGGAGAUACCGGUUCUGGUAAGACGACCCAGCUCACCCAGUAUCUUGCCGAAGCAGGGUAUGCCAACCACGGCAUGAUUGGCUGUACGCAGCCCCGCCGUGUGGCAGCCAUGUCUGUCGCGAAGCGUGUCUCCGAGGAAGUCGGCUGCGAAUUGGGCAAGGAGGUCGGCUAUACAAUUCGUUUCGAGGAUCGAACCUCACCAGACACGAAGAUCAAAUACAUGACUGACGGAAUGCUUCAGCGAGAGAUCUUGCUGGACCCUGAUCUCAAGCGCUACAGCGUCAUCAUGCUGGAUGAAGCACACGAGAGAACCAUUGCCACAGAUGUCUUGUUUGGACUGCUCAAGAAAACCCUAAAGAGGAGGCCUGAUCUGAAGCUGAUUGUCACCUCAGCCACUCUCGACGCCGACAAAUUCUCUGAGUACUUUAACCAGUGUCCGAUCUUUUCCAUUCCUGGCCGAACGUUCCCCGUCGAAAUCAUGUAUUCAAGAGAACCCGAGGAAGACUAUUUAGAUGCGGCCUUGACUACCGUCAUGCAAAUUCACCUGACCGAACCACCGGGUGAUAUUCUGUUGUUCUUGACUGGACAGGAAGAGAUCGACACCAGCUGCGAGGUUCUCUACGAAAGGAUGAAGGCGUUAGGACCUAGCGUUCCUGAACUGGUCAUUCUCCCCGUCUACUCCGCCCUGCCCAGCGAAAUGCAGAGCCGAAUUUUUGAGCCUGCGCCGCCAGGUGGUCGAAAAGUGGUCAUUGCCACGAACAUUGCCGAAACAUCUAUCACCAUUGACGGGAUUUACUACGUGAUUGACCCAGGCUUUGUCAAGCAGAACGCCUAUGAUCCCAAGCUUGGGAUGGAUUCGCUUGUUGUGACACCGAUUUCCCAGGCACAAGCCAAACAAAGAGCCGGUCGAGCAGGGAGAACCGGUCCAGGCAAAUGCUUCCGGCUAUAUACCGAAGCAGCAUACCAAUCCGAAAUGCUCCCCACUUCCAUACCAGAAAUCCAGCGCCAGAAUCUUUCCAACACCAUCCUCAUGCUCAAAGCAAUGGGUAUCAACGAUCUCCUACAUUUCGACUUCAUGGACCCACCACCAACGAAUACUAUGUUAACCGCCCUCGAAGAACUCUACGCUCUUUCUGCCCUCGAUGAUGAAGGUCUUCUCACACGACUGGGCCGCAAAAUGGCCGAUUUCCCAAUGGAGCCCUCUUUAUCAAAGGCCCUGAUCGCAUCUGUUGAUUUGGGCUGUUCGGAAGAGAUGCUUACUAUCGUGGCGAUGCUUUCCGUUCAGACGGUGUUUUACCGUCCCAAGGAGAAGCAACAGCAGGCGGACCAGAAAAAGGCGAAGUUUCACGAUCCCCACGGCGACCAUCUUACGCUGCUCAACGUCUACAAUGCGUGGAAGCAAUCUCGGUACAGUGAUCCCUGGUGUUUCGAGAACUUUAUCCAGAAGCGUUCAAUAGCGCGAGCUCGAGAUGUGCGCCAGCAGCUCGUCACGAUCAUGGAACGGUACAAACAUCAAAUUGUCUCUUGCGGCCGCAAUACGAUCAAGGUUCGACAAGCACUCUGCGCCGGAUUUUUCAGGAACUCGGCACGAAAGGAUCCGCAGGAGGGAUACAAAACUCUUAUUGAGGGCACGCCCGUGUACAUGCAUCCUAGUUCCGCACUGUUCGGAAAACCGGCCGAACAUGUCAUCUUCCACACCUUGGUGCUGACGACCAAGGAGUAUAUGCACUGCGCGACUGUGAUUGAACCUAAGUGGCUCGUUGAAGCUGCCCCGACGUUCUUCAAGGUCGCUCCCACAGAUCGUUUGAGCAAGCGCAAGAAGGCAGAAAGGAUUCAACCCUUGCACAAUAAAUUCGCCAGUGGAGAUGAUGACUGGCGGUUAAGUGCGCAGAGAAGGCAAGGUAAGGGAGGUGGAGGAGGCACCUGGGGUUGA